AUGGCGAACCAGGGCUCCGGGGGCAGUCGCCUUCCCCUGGCUCUGCCCUCAGCCUCCCAGGAUUGCUCGUCAGGGGGCAGCGGCUCCUCCGAGGGCGGCUCAGGCCAUCCCCCGCCCCCGCGAAACCUCCAGGGCCUGCUGCAGAUGGCCAUCACGGCGGGCUCUGAAGAGCCAGACCCCCCUCCAGAACCCAUGAGUGAGGAGAGGCGCCAGUGGCUGCAGGAGGCCAUGUCGGCCGCCUUCCGGGGCCAGCGGGAGGAAGUGGAGCAGAUGAAGAAUUGCCUCCGGGUGCUGUCCCAGCCCACGCCGUCCUCGGCUGGCGAGGUUGAACUGGCCGCUGACCAGCAGGAGCGCGAGGGAGCCCUGGAGCUGCUGGCGGACCUGUGUGAGAACAUGGACAAUGCAGCAGACUUCUGCCAGCUGUCGGGCAUGCACCUGCUGGUGGGCCGCUACUUGGAAGCGGGGCCGGCGGGGCUGCGGUGGCGGGCGGCGCAGCUCAUCGGCACGUGCAGCCAGAACGUGGCGGCCAUCCAGGAGCAGGUGCUGGGCCUUGGCGCCCUGCGCAAGCUGCUGCGCCUGCUGGACCGGGACCCCUGUGACGCGGUGCGCGUCAAGGCCCUCUUCGCCAUCUCCUGCCUGGUCCGGGAGCAGGAGGCCGGGCUGCUGCAGUUCCUCCGCCUGGACGGCUUCUCCGUGUUGAUGCGGGCCAUGCAGCAGCAGGUGCAGAAGCUCAAGGUCAAGUCGGCGUUCCUGCUGCAGAACCUGCUGGUGGGCCACCCUGAACACAAAGGGACCCUGUGCGCCAUGGGCAUGGUCCAGCAGCUGGUGGCCCUCGUGCGGACAGAACACAGCCCCUUCCACGAGCACGUGCUCGGAGCCCUGUGCAGCUUGGUGACAGACUUCCCCCAGGGCGUGCGGGAGUGCCGAGAGCCCGAGCUGGGCCUGGAGGAGCUUCUGCGGCACCGGUGCCAGCUGCUGCAGCAGCACGAAGAGUAUCAGGAAGAGCUGGAGUUCUGUGAAAAGUUGCUACGGACCUGUUUCUCCACCCCAACGGAUGACAGCAUGGAUCGGUGA